AUGUAUUCCAAGCUAGUGGAAGAUACCACCAGAAAGAAUAUUAUUGAAGAAGUCAAGGUGUUUGCCCCAUCAGAGCAAGGUGAAUUAUGGAAAUGUCCAUUCUGUGACCCGUCAGAAACUGUAUAUAAAUUAUCUGUGCCGCCUGCCAAAGAAACAGAGCGAUUAUACCACAUAAAAAGACUGAUCAGAGAACAUGUAGAACUGCAUCAGAAAGAUUUGCUGAGCAAAAUGGACAGCAAAGACUAUGAUAAGUCAAGGGCAGAGAGCAUCAAGCGAGUAAGAUUAUGGAUUACGGGAACAAUAGCAGAUCGUAAAUUAUAUGAGGAAAAUCCACUUCAGCAAUAA